AGGUCGAGCGUGAGGGAGUUUGUUGUCUUCGUCGGGCGCACUGUCGCCAAACGGACCCCGCCUGGCCAACGACAAUCCGUCCAACACGAAGGUCCGUUUCCCAACUUUCUUCUCAUCGAAAUUAGGUUAAGUUUACUGAGCAAUUCUGGUACUUUGGUGGAAUUAGGAUUUGGUUAUGGUUUUGGACCUUGA